AUGUUGGUAGAUCGGGUUUGUCUUGCUCUGGCCAUUGCGGCUGUGACGGGUGCUGUCCCGGCUCCGAUUAAACAUGUCUUGCAUGAGAAGCGAGACAGUCACUCUUAUGAUUGGGUUAAGGGUGCUCGUGUUGAGAGAGACGCGGUGCUGCCAGUCCGUAUUGGUUUGACACAAAACAACCUUGAGUAUGGUGAUAAGUAUCUUAUGGAGAUCUCAAACCCGAGCUCUCCCCGGUACGGACAGUACUGGUCCGCGGAAGAAGUACACGAUUUGUUUGCUCCUUCGGCAGAGGCCGUAGAUGAAGUGCGCGAGUGGCUUCAUGCUGCUGGAAUCGACAAAUCCCGAGUUGUUCAUUCCGACAACAAGGGCUGGCUGGCAUUCGAUGCCUAUGCACAUGAAGCGGAGAAUCUUUUCAUGGCCGAGUUCUACGAACACCAGCAUCUGAGCACCGAAAGCAUCAAGAUUGGUUCUGACCGGUACUAUGUCCCACAGCACAUCCAGGGACAUAUUGACUACAUCACACCGGGAAUCAAACUAACCCCCAUUGUCAAGAAAUACACCAAGGUCAAGCGAGAAUCUCACUUGGCUCAUUCCAACCCAAACGCGCAGGCUGGAUCGGCCCUCGAUGACCACUAUUCCAUCCCGGCAAAGGCCUUGUCCCUGCCUGCUGACUUGCAGGGCUGUGGCCUCAACAUCACCCCGACCUGCAUCAAGGCUUUGUAUGGUAUUCCCGAUGCUACCAAGGCCAGACAGGGCAACUCGCUCGGUCUCUACGAGCAGGGUGAUUACUUUGCCAAAUCGGACAUCGAUCAGUUCUACGAGCAGUAUGCUCCAUGGGUUCCUCAGGGUACCUACCCUAUCCCGGCAAUGAUUGAUGGAGCGAACUUCUCUGUCUGUCGUUGUAAUCCUUUGAAUGCGGGUGAAUCCGAUAUUGACAUUGACAUGGCUUUCUCUUUGAUCUAUCCUCAAAAUGUGACUCUUUACCAGGUUGAUGAUCAGCUUUACGAGCCAAAGGAAGUUGCCACCACCAACCUGUUCAACACGUUCCUUGACGCUCUUGAUGGUUCAUAUUGCACAUACAGUGCCUACGGAGAGACGGGCGAUGAUCCUAACAUCGACCCUGUCUACCCGGACAAUCGCCCCGGUGGCUACAAGGGCAAGCUUCAAUGUGGCGUUUACAAGCCCACCAACAUCAUCAGCGCCUCCUACGGCCAAGCCGAAAUCGACCUCCCAAUCAGCUAUACCAAGCGCCAAUGCAACGAGUUCAUGAAGCUCGGUCUACAAGGCCACUCAAUCCUCUUCGCCUCCGGUGACUACGGCGUCGCCACAUCCGCCGGCGACGUGGACAGUCCCAACACCUGUCUAGGCCCUGAUAACAAGAUCUUCAACCCGCAGUACCCAUCGAACUGCCCGUACGUGACCUCAGUCGGAGGAACCAUGCUCUACGGCGACCAAACCGUCAAGGAUGCCGAAAGUGUCAUGCACGUCAACCUCGGUGGCACUGCCACCAACUUCACCACCGCUGGUGGUUUCUCGAACUACUUCCCCCAGCCUGAUUACCAGAAGGAGGCUGUCAAGAAGUAUUUCGAGAAGGCUGAUCUGAGCUAUCCCUACUACUCCGAGUUCAGUGUCGAUUUCAACAAGACCAAGGGACUUUACAACCGCAUUGGACGGGCCUACCCUGAUGUUUCAGCCAACGGUGCCCAGUUCCGUGCUUAUACUCAUGGCAUUGAUUACCACUACUACGGAUCGAGUCUGGCGUCGCCGUUGUUUGCCUCGGUUCUGAACUUGAUCAACGAGGAGCGUUUCGCUGUGGGCAAGGGACCCGUGGGCUUCGUGAACCCGGUGCUCUACGCUCACCCGGAGGUGCUCAACGAUAUCACCAAUGGCACCAGCGCCGGGUGCGAUACUGACGGAUUCGCUGCAAUUGAAGGAUGGGACCCCGCGACCGGUUUGGGUACACCAAACUACCCCAAGAUGAAGGAGCUGUUCAUGAGUCUUCCUUAG